UGGAACAAAACAUCAAUGGGGGUCACUUGUGUGUGCCAGGUGCCGGUGGCUGAGGGGAAGAGUGUGCAGCAGACAGUGGACAUCCUGCACAAGAAGCUGGAGCAGCUGAGCGCUGUGAAGCAGGGCAGCUUCUGUGUAGACUGUGAGACAUACCAUGCGACGGGAAAUGCCAGCGGCCAGCCCUCCAAACUCUUAUACGUGAUGCACAACUCUGAAACGCCCCUUAGCUGCCUGGCUCUGUUUGAAGGUGGACCCUGCCUGAUAGCCGACGCAAACUUUGAUGUUCUCAUGGUGAAGCUAAAAAGCCACUUCCAAAACGCCAAGGGGCACAAGGUGGAGUGUCGUGGUUCUAGAUACCGCUACUGUGACUUCUUGAUAAAAGUCGGCACUGUGACAAUGAGCUCCAGUGCCCGAGGGAUUUCAGUAGAGGUGGAGUACUGUCCCUGUGUGGUUCCAGGGGACUGCUGGAAUCUCAUGAAGGAGUUCAUGCAGUCUUUUCUCGGCUCCAGUGUCCCUGAACUGCCGUCUGUGUUUGCUGCCAAGCCCGAAGGACUCUUCGCACCAGCCGACUCCGUUGACACCAUGACUCAGUACCUGGAGUUGUUCAACAAACUACGUAAACUUCAAAUCCCAGGAAGUAAUGUGCGUUGAGUUGUCAGUGCCAAUGGAGAGAUCUAUUUUUGUAUGUUUGUGUUGAUGUUGCUUUAAUUCUGGUCCUGUGGAUCAGCACGGUAUCUAGGCAUUUUUGAAGCCUGGAGUUUUUUUAUUUCCAUUUCUGGAGCCUCAGUAUUGCAUGACAUCUUCCUAUCUGAUGACAGCAUCUUGUAUUAAAGAGACGUAAAGGAGAACAGUAGUCAUAGUCUCUGUGUUUCUGGCUGUUUAUAUUGUGAUGAUCCUUUUAUAAUCGUGCAUGCAUACUACAAAUGUCCUCUUGGUUGGGCAUAACCUUCUCUAGAGAUGUCUAGAUGUACAUUGUGAACACAUAAUGGAUAGUUUUUCUUGUCACUUAUCUUAUUAGAUUUCCUGUAAUGGGUGGAGGCUUAUGUUUAAUUAGUUAAUAAAGUUAUGAGCAAGACAAACCUUAGUGAAGAAUGCACAAGGAUGUCUGUACAUCUGUGCAGAGACCCAAGGAUGUUGGUUCACUGAUGGGUUACAUUCACAAGACUUUUUCGUGAUAGAGGUUUUGAAUCGUAGCAAUAAUAUAUAUAUAAAUGUAUAUAUAUGUGUGUUUGUGUGUGUGUGUUUUCUGCUGCGACAUGUCAAAAUGUCUUCCAUAAAAGAGAACGAGCAAGUUUAAUUAGGCAAAAUAAUUGAAAACACCUGUGGGAUGUAUCAUGCAGAUUAUUUUAACUCAUCAAUAAUGAUUAUCCACUAAUGUAAUAUAUGCAACUCAGAACAGUGUUUUUACAUGUGUUUGCAUUAUGUUAUUGCUACUUAAACUGAAGUAAAGGAUCUGAACACCUGCUUCUCUGCUGGUGUUCCACAGGUAAAAAUGUCCAUUUUGGAAAAGGUCUAUUUGACAGAGUGUGA